UAAUCUCUUCUCGUCCACCCACAACUCAGAGUAGUGAAUUUAAUAGAUAGUUUACAUCUCUCCAUAUUCUUCCUUGUCUUUAAAACAAAUUUUUUCUAAGCAAGCAAACAUGGGUGUCACCACAUAUACCCAAGAGUUCACCUGCUCUGUUGCCCCAGCCAGGAUGUUCAAGGCCUUGAUCCUUGAUUCCGACAACCUUAUCCCCAAGCUCAUGCCUAAAUCCAUCAAGAACGUGGAGUUGAUUCAUGGAGAUGGAGGUGUUGGAAGCAUCAAGCAAACCAACUUCCCUGAAGGAAGUCACUUCAAGUAUUUGAAGAAUAGAAUUGAUGCCCUUGAUGUAGACAACUGUGUCUGCAAGUAUACUACAAUUGAGGGUGAUGUAAUUGGUGACAAGCUUGAAUCAAUCUCGUACGAGUUGAAGUUCGAGGCCUCAGGCGCAGGAUGCGUUUGCAAGAUGACUAGCCACUACCACACUAAAGGUGACUUUGUUCUCAAGGAAGAGGAAAUCAAGGCUGGCAAAGACCAGGCCGUCGGAAUGUACAAAGUCGUGGAGGAAUACCUCUUGGCCAAUCCCAAUGUCUACGCUUAAGCAAUGUUGCGUGUGAUUUUAUACUGCAUUAAACAAGAUCGAGUGGCUUUUUUCCAUCUUUCGUUUUUUUUCUUUUUCUGGGCAACAUUUUGGUUUGCAGAGUUAAACUUGGCUUGAGAAUAAGAAGCCCGCUAGUGCAAUCCUGGUGGGAAUGAUCUGCUUGUAACGCGUGGUAUAAACUUAUAAAAUCAAUUGGUAUAGUUUUUUAUGUUCAUUUCUAUAA